AUGAGUCAUGUGACAAAGGAAGCACUAUCAACUGCAAGGUCGAGGUCUAAUCCAUUCGAAAGAAUAGGCACGAGUGUUUUUAUGAACCGAGCAGCAGUUAAGCUCGCAGCUUUAGACGCCACCUUCGGAUUGACGCAAAAAGAAGAUGCUACUUCAACUUUUACAUUUGCGGACCUGUGUGGAGGUCCAGGGGGAUUUACGGAGUACCUAUUAUGGAGAAUACAUAGUUGGGGAGAAACAGCUCAUGGCUAUGGUAUAACCUUGCAGUCAACUGAACAUGACGAAGUCAAUUGGCAAUUAGACAAAUUCAAACAGUUGGCACCAGAGGGUAGUUUUACAAUAGUCGAAGGAAUGGAUGGAACAGGUGAUUUGUAUAAAGAGGCCAAUAUCCGUCAUUUUGAAACAAUGGUGACGGAAAGCAACCACUGUAAAGAAGGAGUUGAUUUAGUUGUAGCGGACGGAGGUUUUGAUUUUUCAGGUGCAGAAGGAGAACAAGAAAUUGUUGCCUAUCGGUUGAUAUUGUGUGAGAUAACAACUAUGUUGACCUGCUUGAAGCAAGGUGGGCAUUUCGUAUGCAAAUUUUUUGAUAUGCUAAGUCAAUCGACAGUGAGUCUUGUAUGGUUAUUGUACCAAUUAUUCGAUGAAGUAUGUAUUACCAAGCCAUUAAGCAGUAGACCGGCCAAUGCAGAACGAUAUAUUGUAUGCAAAGGACUUGUUCAUAAACGUCCUGCAGAACUCGUUACCAAACUAUUGCAAAUGAUACAGCGCGUAUUCAAUACUACAAACAAUAUAAAAGCAUUCAGUCUUAUUGAGAGAAGUGUCAUGGAAGAAGAUGAGGAAUUUAUUGAUUAUGUCCAAAUGCGUAAUAUGAAAAUCGCGAUGAAGCAAACGGAAGCACUCGAACUUAUGAAUCAAUAUAUACAGAAUCCUGAGGCAUCACCAUCAUACGAUCAGGAACAAAUUAGGCGGCACCUGUUGAAUGAAUGGAGGCUGCCGUCACCAAACUAA